GCGUUUUGGGGGGGAAUGGAGGCGAUCGCCAGUCAGAUGGGAAAUGGGAGAGAUGCAAGCUCCUCCCCAAAUUCAAAGCAAGAGCUGCAGCCGUACCAGGGCUCCAAUACCCUCAAGCCCAACCAAGUGGGUGAGACCUCCCUGUACGGCGUGCCCAUCGUGUCCCUGGUCAUCGACGGGCAGGAGCGGCUGUGCCUGGCGCAGAUCUCCAACACGCUGCUCAAGAACUACAGCUACAAUGAGAUCCACAACCGGCGGGUGGCCCUGGGCAUCACCUGCGUGCAGUGCACGCCGGUGCAGCUGGAGAUCCUGCGGCGGGCCGGGGCCAUGCCCAUCUCCUCCCGCCGCUGCGGCAUGAUCACCAAGCGGGAGGCGGAGCGGCUCUGCAAGUCCUUCCUGGGCGAGCACAAGCCGCCCAAGCUGCCCGAGAACUUCGCCUUCGACGUGGUGCACGAGUGCGCCUGGGGCUCGCGGGGCAGCUUCAUCCCGGCGCGCUACAACAGCUCCCGCGCCAAGUGCAUCAAGUGCAGCUACUGCAGCAUGUACUUCUCCCCCAACAAGUUCAUCUUCCACUCCCACCGCACCCCGGACUCCAAGUACACCCAGCCCGACGCCGCCAACUUCAACUCGUGGCGCCGCCACCUCAAGCUCAGCGACAAGACGGCCACCGAGGAGCUGUCGCACGCCUGGGAGGAUGUCAAGGCCAUGUUCAACGGCGGCACCCGCAAGCGGACCUUCUCCCUGCAAGGGGCGGCGGCCGGCGGGCCCGGGGCCGGCUCCCCGGCCGCCAAGGCCGCGCUGCACCCGCCUCCGCCCGCCGGCCCCGAGCUGGCCCCGGCGCACAAGAGCCUCCGCUGCGGCGGGCAGGAGGCGGCGGGCGAGCGCGGAGCGCUGGGGCUGGCGGCGGCGCACGGCGGGGCCGCGGGCGCGCACGGCGGGGCGGGCGCGGUGCGCAGCUACCCGGUGAUCCCGGUGCCCAGCAAGGGCUUCGGGAUGCUGCAGAAGCUGCCGCCGCCGCUCUUCCCGCACCCCUACGGCUUCCCCGCCGCCGCCUUCGGACUGUGCCCCAAGAAGCAGGAGGAGGCGCUGGGCGGCGCGGGCGGCGGCGAGGGGGGCAAGGGCGGCGCGCUGCCCCCCGGCAUGUUCUGGGGACCCCCGCACCCCCACCCGCACCAGCCGGCCCAGCCGCCGCACCAGCCCGGCGCCGCCAAGGACGGCGGCGUGUACCCCUCGUUCCCCGUGUUCUGGCCGGCCGCCGGCAGCCUGCCCGUGCCGCCCUACCCCGCGCAGAGCCCGGCCAAGGCGGGCCGCUACCGCCGUGGUGGUGGCGGGCGGCGGCGGGCGGCCGCGGCGGCGGCGGCGGAGCCGGCGGGGCUGGCGGGGCGGCACGGGGAGCCGGAGGGCUCGGAGCCCUCGGGCAGCGGCCGCAGCAGCGCGACCCCGCAGGAGGGAGCGGGCGCCGAGGGCGAGCGCUGCCCCAGCGCCCUGUCGCGGGCGGCGGGCGAGGAGGAGCGCUCCGGGGACGAGGCGCUGCUGGCGCCGCUGCCGCUGCCCAGGAAGGGCAGCUACCUGUCCGCCUUCCGCCCGGUGGUGAAGGACGCCGAGAGCAUCGCCAAGCUCUACGGCACCCGCGAGGCGUUCGGCGGCGCGGGGCCCCGCGGGCCCGGGUACCUCUCGCCGGACUUCCUCAGCGAGGGCAGCUCCAGCUACCGCUCGCUGUCGCCCGGCGGCGACACGGCCGAGGAGCCCGAGGUGGACGUGGAGUCCAACCGCUUCCCGGAGGACGAGGAGGACGAAGCCGCCGCCGCGCCCGCCGCCGCCCCCGCCGAGGGCCGGGAUCCGCCGCGGCUGCUGGCCGGGCCCGAGGAGCCGCCGCCGCCGCCCGCCGGGGCCGACGGGCCCGAGGAGAAAGCGGGCGAGGCGAGCGCUCAGGAGGGCGGCCAAGCCCCCGACGGCAGCCCCGAGCGCGGCGGCGCCUACGAGGUGUUCGCGGCGGAGAGGGGCGAGCACCUGCAGCCGCUGAAAGCCGCGGCCUCCCUGGGAGCCCCCGCCGCCUUCCUGUGCGCCCCCGAGGCCAAGGAGCAAGAUAAAGAAGACAAUCACUCGGCGGCGGAGGAUUUGGAGGGCAGAAAAUCCUAUCAGGACCAAAGGAGCGCCGCUCAUCCCAGCCCCGUAAAUCCCGACAGAGGCGAGGAAGCGCUCGCCAUGGAUGUCACCGGCACGCAGCUGCUGGAAAAGGACAUCGAGAACCUGGCCCGAGAUGAGUUACAAAAACUGGUCCUGGAGCAAAUGGAGCUGAGGAAAAAGCUGGAGAGGGACUUCCAGAGCCUGAAAGAUAACUUCCAGGACCAGAUGAAGCGGGAGCUGGCGUACCGGGAAGAGAUGGUGCAGCAGCUGCAGAUCGUCCGAGACACGCUGUGCAACGAGCUGGACCAGGAGAGGAAAGCGCGCUACGCCAUCCAGCAGAAGUUAAAAGAGGCUCACGACGCGCUGCAUCACUUCUCCUGCAAGAUGCUGACCCCGCGGCACUGCACGGGGAACUGCUCCUUCAAGCCGCCGCUGCUGCCGCAGUGACCCCCCCCGGGCCCCCCAGCCCCGAAGCCAUGCGGGCAGAGCCCACACAAGCCAUUCCCACGAGGAGACCC